GGAGAGGAAGACUGAACCAUAAAUCUGAACUCGAGCUCCUCUCCCUGCUUCCUCCAGGCAGAAGUGGGAGGGCCUUUCUGACAUUGAGGUUUUCUUUCUUCAAGGCCUUCGGUGGUUUUAGAGAUGGUGAUGAUGCUAAUGGAGGCUGGUGAUGGAAUGACGAUAACUGUUCCCAAAGCUGUGAAGUUUACAAAAUGCUUUCAUGGCCAUUAUCUCUUCUGGGUCCAGAAAGGCAAAACGUGUACCCAUUUUGUGAAGUAGGAGGAUGUGGUAUUCAAAAACAAAACAAACCCAGGUUGUCUCUGUAUUUCGCUAGCUCAUGAAACUUCAUUUCAUCUUGGGCAAAAGUGAGUGAAGAGGGUCCUAAAGUGGGUGGGAGUGUCACCGAGCUGUGUCCAACUGUCAGAUGGACUGUGACCUCACUCCUCUACCCCCGGUGCUUGCCCACGUCCUGCCGUCCUGUUCUCCCUGUUUCGGUCACUCCCUGCUAUAGCAUGCCUGGCGUGUCUGGGCUGCAGCCUUCCCACUUCUGAGGUUUGGGCAAAUGGGUCUCUUACAUCGUUCCAUUCCAGGUACUCCCAGUUACUGAGACAACAGUGGAGGGGACUAGAGACCAGAAAAAUCAAUGCGCCGACAGUCACACCCUUAGAAAGCACAGUCUGGGUUCCAACUCUGAAGUCUACACCCAGCAGGAAAAAUUCCUGCAUGUGCUCCUUCUACUUCUUCCGAGCCAGCUGCCCCCUGCCCUCGACAUACCAGGUGCCAGAACACAGCUGUCUCUUCGUUAAUCCCCCCACCCAGGCAAGCGGUCCUAGGGUGGGGCUGAACUGGGUGGGGCCGCCGUGUAGGGUCCAGGGAGGCUGUGCCCCUGCAGGCAAAUUCAGCCAGAGACUGAUUCUGAGCAACAGUUCUGACUGUCGCUGACCCAGCCAUGCCCGCUCCACUGCUCCCACUGCUGCUUCGAACCCUGAUGUCCCGCUUGCUGCUGCCUGCCACCCGCCUGGCCCGCCGGCACCUCCUGCCCCUCCUGCGCCGACUGGCCCGCCGCCUGGGCUCGCAGGAUGUUCGAGAAGCUUUGCUGGGCUGUCUGUUGUUCAUCCUCAGCCAGAGCCGCCCGCCCGACGCUGAGGAGGUCUCCAGAGUGGCUGGCCAGGAGAGGAGGGAGAGGCUAGCUCCCCCAAAAUGAGGCUGCGAUCCCUGGUAUUGGCUGUGUCAUCAAAAGCCAUUCUUUUGGAGCAAGACAGUCCUGGCACCACCACUGAGCACAGCCUACCCACUGUGCAGAAGACGCGGUGGGGGACUGAGCACAAAGAGGGGUCUGACCAGGAAUGCCUCCCCACUCCCAACAGGAAUGACUGGAAGGAUACCCAGCAUCUAGCAGAAAACUGAUCUUACGCAACCCUGCACUCCUCCUUCCAAGACACCUUUCCUAAUCGCAUCUGGGCUGGGAAGGGAAGGGAGGGGGAUGAGGGGAGUGACUCUGCUCCCCCACCCCCAUCCCGGACAAAUGGGAACCUGAGUUCCAGUGAGGGACAGUCCUCACCCAUGGAUAACUGACAACUUAUCUGAGAGGGGAGAUUUUGAGUCUGUCCUUCAGACUCAGGAUUUUCCUUCAAAUAAUAGAACCUUGAUUUGGUCAGUCUUGCCCCAAAGCCCAGCACGCAGCAGUUGCUCAAUAAAUAUCUGCUCAUUUGAAUUCGUGGGAUACCAUUGAAAAUUGUGUCACCCAUGCUCCUACACUGAAAAACAGCCUAACGUGGCCAGGGGGUGGGAGGGGGAAACCCACUCCGGGCUCCCUUUUGC